AUGCCACCAUUACCACCACCAAAACCGCGUAUUAAUUUAGACGAAAGAAUGAAUGCUACUGAUAAUUAUUACUCCGAACAAACAAGAGGAAGUGAUCAAAUAAUAACACGAGCGCAUUCGGUACUACCAGCAUCUGUACGACCAAAUUUAAAUUCACGCGUUGCAAGUCCAACUGAAGAACGUACAACAACGCCACGAGCUAUUGAACCUGAUUUAGUUGCAAAAGAUCGGUAUGAUCCAGCUAGUAAAUGCUUUUCCUAUGUACCAGCUCGUGCACUUAGUGAACAUUUUACGGCACCACGUAAACCACAACGUCUUAAAAUUGAUGAAACAGCUACAACAACAUUAAAUAUUUCACCAUCAGCAAAUGAAAUUGCAAUGAUACCAGUGAAAUCAACAGAUUUACAACGUUUACCUGAAACACCAAAAUGGGAAGAUGAUAUUGAAAAGGUAAAUGAAUUUUAA